AUGCUGUCUGUGAAUCCAGCCUAUAAGUCCCCCAUACACAUAAUUGUAUUGCCAGUUGAACCCGCCAAGAACAUUGAUGAAGAUGAUGUCGGGGGCGAAAUACAUUUUUUCACCCUAUUCCUUUUGUUCUCCCUGAAGUCCAUGGAAGCAACUUUCAUUGACAACACGUACACGUUCAAACAAACUGAAAUUAACCAUAAAGACAAAGAAUUCAUCAGAGCAGUAAAUCAAACCAAAAGUAGGCUGAGAUCCUUCACAGAGGGUCAAGUGGAUGAAAUCAAUCGUAAUCCGAACAUUUUACCUAAUGUGACUUUGGGCUACAACGUCUAUGAUUCUUACGUCGACCUCUUCAGAACCAUACAAGGGGCUGUUCGCAUCUACUCUGGAAAUUCCAAACAAUAUCCAAAUUACAACUGCGAUAAAUAUGGUGUUCUUGCGGCUGUUAUUGAGGGAAUGGCGUCUAGUUUCUCUAUACAAUAUGCCAAUAUCUUUGGAAUCUAUAAAUAUCCACAGAUCAGUUUCAUGUCGCAAGAACCUUUACAGGGUGAUAAACAUCAUUUUCCAUACUUCUAUCGAACAGUCGCGAGUGAGAAGGCGUUGUAUUCUGCGAUAAUAACAUUACUGAAGUACUUUGGUUGGUUGUGGGUUGGUAUCAUAUACCCAGAUGAUGACAGCAGCAUCAAUGCCAUCAAGAUUAUUAAAAACAUGAUAGUGGAAAAUGGAGGUUGUAUUGAGUUCAUUAAGCGUGUACCCUCCAUUAAUGACUUCGGUCCUGAACGAAUCAAGGACAUUGAGGAAACCGUUGCAAAGUCAACAGCAAAUGUCAUACUUGUCUACGGAUCCAAAAAUAAUGUGUAUUACUUGGAAUUAAAUGUCCAUGUGACAUCUAUUCCUGGGAAAGUCUGGAUCCAUACGGCAGAGUCCAGCUUUCGAAUGCUCAACUUGGAAAAUGACACAAGUGUCAAUGGGUCUUUGAGGUUCAUUAUGCAAAAAUAUGAGAACCCAGAAUUUAUUUCAUUUAUAAAAGAGGUUAAUCCAAGCAGAUUCCCACCAGGAAGGACAUUUACAACAUGGUGGGAUGAAUUGUGUGAGAACCGUUGUCCAUUCAAUCCAAGGAGAAGAAACUGCACAGGAGUGGAGAGUGGAAGGCAGAUCAUGUACUCGCAUUGUAAUCUACGAUUCACGGGCAUGAGUUACAUUGUAUAUAAUUCUGUAUACGCUGUGGCCCAUGCAUUGCAUGAAAUGUAUCAAGAAAUACCUCUGAGCAAAAGACUAGAAGAUAGAAAUAAACUCAAAUUCCAAGAUCUAAAAGGCUGGAAGCUGCAUAGAUUUCUCAAAAAAAUCAAUUUCACAAACCCAGUGGGACAGAACAUUUUCUUCAGUGAUGGAGAAAUAUCAGUCGGAUAUGAUAUCUAUAAUGUUAUUAACUAUCCAAACUGGACCAUAAAUUCUCAACGAAUUGGAAGUUUUGAUUUUCAUGCUCCACCAGGGAAACAAAUAAUUUUAAACAAUUCAAGUAUAGUUUGGGAAAAGAAAUUCACCAAGAUACCACGAUCUGUGUGCAGUGAUAGCUGCCAGCCUGGAUACAGAAAAUCUACCCGGGAAGGUCAGCCAGUAUGCUGCUAUGAUUGCCUUCCUUGCCCAGAAGGACAAAUUUCCAACCAGACAGAUGUGGAUGUGUGUAGCAAGUGCCCUGAGGACGAAUGGCCUAAUGAGCAGAAGACCCAGUGCAUCAAAAAAGUUCUAACGUUCUUGUCUUAUGAAGAUCCAAUCGGAGUUGUCUUGACUUUCAUAGCAGUCUUAUUCUCGGUGCUCGCUGCAGUGGUUCUUGGGAUAUUUAUAAAGAAUCAACACACUCCAAUUGUCAAAGCCAACAACCGGGACCUCAGCUACCUCAUUUUAUUAUCGCUUAUGCUUUCCUGCCUUUGUUGUCUAAUUUUUAUUGAACGUCCAGAACGAGUCACCUGUUUUUCACGGCAAGCGAUUUUUGGAAUCACCUUUGCGAUCUCUGUAUCUUCACUUCUAGCUAAAACAUUGAUUGUGGUCAUAGCUUUCAAUGCCACCAAACCGGGGAAAAACUUAAGGAAGUGGGUGGGGGCCAAAGUUCCAAAAUACAUUGUCUUUACUUGUUCCACUAUUCAGGUGUUGGUAUGUCUUAUGUGGUUAUUUGUGACGCCCCCUUCCAUCUAUUAUAACAAACAGUCAGAAGUAGCAAGAAUCAUAAUUGAGUGUGAUAAGGAUUCAGCCAUUGCUUUUUAUGUCAUACUAGGUUAUUUGUGCAUUUUGGCAUCGGUUUGCUUUAUUGUUGCCUUUUUUGCUAGAAAGCUACCCGAUACCUUUAAUGAUGCUAAAUUAAUUACUUUUAGUAUGUUGGUUUUCUUUAGUGUUUGGGCUUUCUUCAUUCCGACUUAUCUUAGUGCCAAAGGGACGUCCACCGUGGCUGUUGAGGUAUUUGCCAUCUUGGCCUCUAGUUCCGGGAUGCUGUGUUCUGUAUUUGCACCAAAGUGUUAUAUUAUUUUGGUAAAACCUCAUAAAAACAGGAAGAACUUUGUAUUGAAAGGGACUGUAUAAACUGACUGGAGUAUUACGGUAUCUGCAACUAGUGGCAGAGAAUACAUGACUGUCACAGUACCGACCUGUCCACAAAUGGUAGGUGUGUUUGGAUCAUUCUCAUGCUUGGCCCAUAAAAUGAUAUGACAAUUUUUAA